AUGGCAGCAACAUUUGCAACCCCAUCGACGGUGAUAGGCCUCGCAGGAUCAUCUGUUUCUCACAGACCCCUCUCUUCAUCCUUUUUAAAACCAACAUUAAGAGCAAAGAACCCUCUGAGAAUCGCAGGAGCAUCGGGAGGAAGAUGCACUUGCUUUGAGAGGAACUGGUUGAGGAGAGAUCUGAACGUGGUGGGAUUUGGCCUGGUAGGAUGGUUAGCUCCAUCAAGCAUUCCGGUGAUUAACGGGAAGAGCCUGACGGGUCUCUUCUUCGACAGCAUCGGAACUGAGCUCGCUCACUUCCCUACUCCUCCAGCUCUCACUUCACAGUUCUGGUUGUGGUUGAUUACGUGGCACUUAGGCCUCUUCAUCUGCCUCACCUUCGGACAGAUUGGUUUCAAGGGCAGGACCGAGGAUUAUUUCCAAAAAUAA